AAAAACAUAGGAGCUGUUUCCUCUGUUUGGUCUAAUAAAUUCAUUCAAAAAGACAGUAAUAAUUCAGGAGGUAAAAAAAAAAAAUUAAAAAAUUAAAAACCUUCUCGUUUCCUCACUGUUUCAUUUUAUCUAAAAAAAAUGGAAGGAACCUCCUUAUAAUAAAUAUUUAAUACUUAUAUAUUAUUGUUAUAGGUACUCGUCAAAUUUCUUCAUCUCAACAUACUCCUCCAAGGUCACCUAACUCAAAUGAUACUUUCGGAACUCGCAUUCGUACCUCUUCAACAAUUACAAAAAAGAUGGUCGAUGAUGUCUCAGCUGCACUUGAAUCUCAUAAACUAUCUCCUACCGGGGCUAAAAAACUACAACAACAAGAAGAAAAGUCUUCUUUAGUUUUCCCAUCCCAGUUAGACAUGAAAAAUACAGUAGAACAGAAUGAUACCAAAUUAACUAUACCUGUUGUUAAGCCAUCUACAACAACAACAACAACAACAACAACAACAACAACAACAGCAGCAGCAGCAGCAGAAACAGCAACAACAGCAGAAACAGCAACAACAGCAGAAACAGCAACAACAGCAGAAGCAGCAACAGCAGCAGAAACAGCAACAGCAACAACAACAGCGACAAUAACUCAAACUGCCCCUACAACUCCAUCUACUUUACCUUGUUAUGUCACAAAAGUGACAGAUAUUGCUACAAGCACUAUUCAAGACAAAACUACCGUUCCUCAUCAAGAAGCGGCUGCUCUUUGGUUUCAAUAUGAGACUCUAAAGACACAGUAUGCUCAAGCAACUGCUCGUCUUAAGAAGGCUCAAGAAGAGAUUGAGUUCUAUAAACGUCAGCUUAAACAGCAACAAGAGCUUCUUAAAGAUACCGUUCCUCAUCAAGAAGCAGCUGCUCUCUGGUUUGAAUGCGAAACUUACAAGACUCGACAUGCUCAAGCAAUGUCUCGUGUUAAGAAAGCUCAAGAAGAAAUUGAGUUUUAUAAGCGUCAAUUAGAAAAUCAAAAAGAAGUUCUUGAACGUCAAUCUGAAGAUACUGUUUCUCGUGAUGAAGCUGCCUCUCUUUGGUUCGAAUGUGAAACCCUCAAGACUAAAUUUGCUCAAAAUAAUGCUCGUCUAAAUCGUGCCAAGGAGGAUAUUGAAUUCUACAGGCAUCAACUAGAAUUUCAAGACGAAAAAAACCGUAAAAGUAUAGCUACCCUCGAGGAAGAUAGAGAAAAGGAAACCGAACGUAGUCGUCAACUUGCUGAUCUUCUCAUUAAACAAGAUAAAUUAUUAAAUGAGUAUGAAGAGAGCUUAAGUCAUUUAACCCGUUUAACCGACGAAGCUAGUUACUUGAAGGAGACUCAAACAGAGAUGGAUAGCUUGCGUCAAGAGUUGAUUGCCCUCAAGAAAGGAAAGAGCGUUAUGGAGGACACCAUUAAUGCCUUAUGUGCCGAGUUAGAAUUGAGUCAAGGUCAGAUGAAAUUGAUAAUGACUGUAUCCACAGAGAUUCAAGACGAAUUUGAUCGUUACAAGGAUAAGAUGGAUCACGAAAUAAAGGCUCUUUUAAUUAGAAAGCAAUUUGAGCAUGAAGCUGAAAUCAAAAACCUGAAAGAAAAAUUAGUGUCUAAUUCUGAAAGUAAGGUAGCUAAAGAGCCUAUAAUAGAUCAAGUGAAUUCCUUAAAGGAGGCUCUCGAACAAAAAGAUAAAACAAUCUUGGACUUGCAAACUGAACUUAGAAAUCAAAAGAUAUCUAUGGAAGCUCAAAUGAUGAAACUUACACAAAGUAUUCUCGAAAAAGAUACCCUCUUAACGGAACUCAUGAGUAGUCGUGAUACAAGUCGUGAAACAAUUGGUCAACAAAAGCAAGUCUCUCUCAAUCACGAUACAAACUCUGCUAUUCCUCUCUCUACUACAAAAGCCUUUUAUCAUGAUGAAAAGAGUUCUGAAACUCAUUUACAUAUUUCCCAAAUUCGUGACUUUAUAAACACUGCCUCAGACAAUGAUGAUGAUAAUGAUGAUGACGAUGCUGAUUCUAUUUUGAUGCGCUAUACCUCUGAAGAUGAACAAAAAUCUAUUUAUCAACAACGUAGUCAUUAUCAUCAAUUACUUGAUUCUGAAAGUCAUCUCAGUAGUGUUUCUCAAAGCCCCAGUGAGUGCUCUGCUUCAUCUAAUAGUAGUACUAUUAGUUUUGAUUCCUAUGAAGAAGAAGAACAAAUUGCUGAAAUCAAACACUUUUCUUACUCGUCUGCCAAGUCACAACAAGUGAGGCCUGUCUCCUUGAUUAGUGCUGCUGAAUCGCUUACAGAUGAACACACGGAUUUAAUUCAUAAUGGUAAUAACCGAUUUAGUAAUGCCACUACAAACCACUUUAAUCUUAUCAAAGACACAAAUGCUACAACAAACUGGUCUAUGCCUCUUGCUCCUCCACCGAAUGAACCUUUACCCCCUGUCCCUGUAAAUGAAGAAGAAAGUAACUUGACAAAGGCAAUAACAACACCUGUUGUUCCUAGAUAUCGUCCUAGAUCAUCUACAAUGGGUCAAGCAAAUGAACUACCACGUAUUAUUCCAUUACAAAAAGAAAAGUCUGAAACCGAGCCCGUGCCACCUCCUCGUAAGGAACUUCUUUCAUUAAAAUCAAGUACAAGGUGGAUGGAUGAUCCUGAUAGUGAAGAGGAUGAACUAUGGUGUGAUCCCACUUCCAAGUAUACUAACUGGAACACUGUGCCUGCCAUAUAAUAAUACAUAUCACUUUAUUAUUAUUGUUAUAUUUCCCCUCCUCCCUGCUCCUCCCUCCCUUUCACCGUUGUAAGUCUAGAACAUAUCUUUCUUAUUCGGAAUUAUAUAUGUGUAUAUGAAUAUUUUAUAUAUAUUUUUUUUU